CCCGUUUCUCGUCGGUCAUAGGGGAUGUAAAAUAUGGCACAUUGCAUGGAGUAUGUAACGCUGUGUUUAAAAAGCGCAAAUCAAUCUGAACUCCACCCGCGCAUUAGCCUGGUCCUGGGGACUACGUUACAAAAAUUCCGUCCCUACUACUGCGUGCGCGAACGCGCUUAAAUUGUAUAGGGCAUCAGUAUUCCUCGGGCACGACAUGAAUAAAAACCCCCGCGGAAAUGUGUGUUUGUCUUCCGCGCAUAUUCUAUUGGGACAGUAGGUGAUAUUCGGGUGCGCAUUGCACACAGAGCGAAUUUGACUGCGCUCUGCCCGCUAUCCAUCAUAAACCCUUAUUUUUUAGGAUAGUUGUGAAUUGACUGCAAGAAACUCCCUGAAGCCAGAGGACCAAGGGAUUUUAAAGUUGCCUACACCGACUUUGGACUUUGACAUUGGCAGACGAUGACAACUUCCACCCGUGGAAUGACAGAUCCUCUGGAUUCCACUGAUCCCCAGGUUCUGGACUAUAUCCUGGUUCCUCACCGGAACUUCAACCUUAUCAAUGGGGUCCACUCUCCCGACGAGGUCGACCAGAUCCAGAACUGGGAGAUCCGAGACUCAGACAUAUUCGCAGUCACUUAUCCCAAGUCAGGGACGAUCUGGAUGCAGCAGAUUCUGACUCUGAUAGAAGCCAAAGGUGACGUCACUCCAACCACAGAGCAUCUCAACGCGCAGCGCGUCCCAUGGAUCGAGCUGAUUGGCGGUGAGAAGGAGUUUAAUGCCACUCCAUCCCCCAGGCUACGGGUCACCCACCUGCAGUACAAGUUCAUGCCGCUCGCCGUCAGACAAAAGAAGGGAAAGGUGAUCUAUGUGGCCAGAAACCCUAAGGAUGUUCUCGUGUCCUAUUACCACUUCCACAAAUAUGCAGCCAUGCUGGAGACGCCGAAGGACUUCAAUGAUUUCUUUGAGAAAUUCAUGGAAGGGAAAGUUUAUGGGAACUGUUGGUUUGAGCACAUCAAGACGUGGUACGCUAAAAGACACAACAUGAACUUCCUGUACAUCACAUAUGAAGACAUGAUCAAGGACCUGCGCUCCAUCGUGGAGAGGAUGUGCAGGUUUCUAGGGAAGGAUUUGACAGAGGAGCAGAUGGCCAGUGUGGUGGAACACAGCACCUUUAGAACCAUGAAACAGAACCUGCAGGCUAACUACAAGACGGUGCCAGACUCCCUGCUUGACCACAACAAGGGCACGUUUAUGAGGAAAGGGACCAUUGGGGACUGGAAGAACCAUUUCACCGUUGCACAGAGCGAGAGAUUUGACAGUGUCUUCCAGGAGAAGAUGCGGGACCUACCUCUCUCCUUUGCGUGGGACAUCAAUGACGUCAAUAGCGCCACGUGAUGACAUCAUAGUCACGUCUUGCAGGGAUUUUUGAAAUCCUUCGGCGGGCCCCCUAAGCAUUUUUUUGGGUGACCUAAGUCCAAACUGUGUAGAAAUAACUUUUUUUCGGGAUGGAAAAACGCUUUCAGUGUAAACUUAAAUGACUAAAGUAUGUAGAAAAUAUAAUGGAGCUGCAUAUUUUUUAUUAUACCACAUUAUUGUUGAAUACUUGUUUAUAAUGUACAGAACGUGGGCGUUUAUCCCUUACAUAAUAUAUUCUUUGAGAACUAACAAUCACCAAAAUAAAAGCUAGACAGUCAGGGAGAAUUGAAAAAUCCCCAAAACAAUUAAUUUAGCAGUACAGAUUUUAUGUUUGAGCAAAAGAACACAGCAUAAGCCAUGGCAAAAUACAUAGAAUUGCAGAAAAUGUGCUUUAAAACUGAAAAUGUUUCUCUCGGCUCCAUGGCAGAAUAUGUAGAAUCGCAGGAAAUGUGCUUUAAAACUGCAAAGAUGAGGGCCUCUGAAAUGUUCUCUAAAAUUCAGCCCCCUGCCACGCCCACCACCUAAGCCCCUUAUUGAUCCAGAAAAAAACCUACCUUAGAGUAACAAGUUACCCUAGAGUACUUAAUUAGCUAGUUAUAAGCAAUACUAAACAAAACUGUUUCAUGAGCUGAAAUAAAAGAUCCCAGAAAUGUUCCAUAUGUACAAAAAGCUUAUUUCUCUCAAAUG